CGCACGUCUCCGCACAAAAGUCAGUUGACACCACUGCCGCCGUCGUCACCUCGUCGUCGUAGCUUAGCAUGAGCAUCAAGUUACGAGACCUCAUUCGCAAUGUGCGAGCAUGCAAGACUGCCGCUGAGGAGCGGGCGGUGAUCGCCAAGGAGAGCGCAUUGAUCCGAACGGCGUUCAAGGACAACGACAAGCAGUACCGACACCGCAACGUGGCCAAGCUCUUGUUCAUCCACAUGUUGGGCUACCCGAGCCAUUUCGGGCAAAUGGAAUGCCUCAAGCUGAUCGCUGCCAACAACUUUUCAGAGAAGAGAAUAGGCUACCUUGGCUUGAUGCUCCUGCUCACGGACCAGGAAGAAGUCCUCACGUUGGUCACCAACUCGCUGAAAAACGAUCUGAACCACGUGAACCCGUUCGUCGUGGGCCUGUCGUUGACCGCUGUCGGCAACAUUGCGUCGCCCGACAUGGCGCGGGAUUUGAUCACGGACAUAGACAAGCAUCUCAAGAGCGACAAUCAUUUCCUGCGCAAGAAGGCGGCGCUCGCAUGCAUCCGCGUGUUCCGUCAGGUGCCGGAGCUCGUGGAAGACUUUGUGGAGCCCAUUUUGGACUUGCUGCGCAGCAAGAACCAUGCGGUGCUGCUCACGGGCGUGCAGCUGAUCGUGGAUCUCUUGACCAUCGACCGCGACGUCCACGGCGCGUACUUCAAGGGUAUCGUUCCGGCGCUGGUCCGCGAAUUGCGCAACUUGCUGUCCAACAACUACACGCCCGAGUAUGACGUGUCAGGCAUCGUGGACCCGUUUCUCCAAGUGAACAUCCUCAGUUGCUUGCGUCUGCUCGGCCGAGACAACGAAGACGCGUCGGAAGCCAUGAACGAUGUGCUAGCCCAAGUAGCAACCAACACGGAAACAUCCAAGAACGCCGGCAACGCCAUCUUGUACGAAUGUGUCUCGACGAUCAUGUCCAUUCAGAGCGAGAGCGGGCUCAAAGUGCUGGCCAUCAACAUCCUCGGCCGGUUUCUGCUCAACCGGGACAACAACAUCCGAUACGUGGCCCUUAACACCCUCUCCAAGGUGAUUGCCGAAGACGCGCCGGCCGUCCAGCGCCACCGCAACACGAUCGUCGACUGUCUAAAAGAUCCCGACUUGUCCAUCCGUCAACGCGCACUGGAACUCAUUUACGCCCUCGUGAAUGAGUCUAACAUCCAAGCGCUGGCGAGGGAAAUGCUCAACUACUUGGUCGUGUCGCCCCUGGAUCAAAAACCUGCGCUCUGCUCUCGCAUUGCAGACGCCGUCGACCGGUACGCGCCGACACAGCGCUGGCACAUCGACACGCUCAUCACGAUGCUGUCGAUCGCGGGCUCAAUCUUGCCGGACGAACACAUUUCAUCUUCGUUGAUUGUGCUCAUCCAAAAGAACCCGGCUUUGCACGUGUACGUUGUGCACAAGCUGUUUUGGGCCCUCCACGAGGACACGGCGCAGCUGGCGCUGGCCCACGUCGCAUUGUGGUGCAUCGGAGAGUAUGGCCACGCGCUGUGCGCUAGCGAUCCCCCCGCCGACGAAGAAACGCUCCAGGGCAAGACGCGCGUCGAUGAGGCCGUGGUUGUAGCCCUGAUCACGACCAUGGUGAAACACCCGAACGCAUCGGACCAAACCAAGGCGUACGGAUUGACUGCCGCCGUGAAACUGACCACCCGCCUGACGCAAGGCCCGUCGAUCGCGGCACUUGGAGCGCUGCUUGAGUCCCACAAAUCUGCGCUGGCGGUGGACUUGCAGCAGCGGUCGAGUGAGUUUGCAGGUCUCUUGGAGCCGCAGUGGGCGUCUAUCCGAGGGGACAUCUUGGCCCCGAUGCCCCUCAUCGACAUGACCCGCGUCCGCACGCGGCAGUCGCAGCUGCUGGCGUUCAGCGCGCCCGCCACGUCGGCCGAUUUCGACGACAUGCCGACGACCGCUUCGUCCGCCCCCGAAGCCCCACCCGCCCCGACCAACUUGCUCGACUUGGACGACAUCUUUGGCACGACCACACCAGCUGCUGCCUCCACGUCGGCGCCCCCCGCCGCUGCUGCUGCCGCCGCGCCGACCAUCGACUUGUUAGCGGACCUGUUUUCACCUGCACCUGCUACUACUGCUUCAUCCGCACCAUCGGCAGUGGUCCCUUCGUCUGCUUCCUCGCAAUUGCUCGAUAUCUUUGGGGGCCCGCCACCUGCACCUAUCGCUACCGCGGUCCAACCGCCAGGCCAACACAUUCGUGUGUACGAGAAGAACGGGUUGACCCUCGACAUUGACUUGAGCAAGCCAAAUUCGAGUGACCCGUCGAUUUCGCACAUUUUAUGUUUGUUUACGAAUGCGUCGGCGUACCAGCUCGACAACUUUGUGUUUCAAGCGGCGUUUCCGAAGGUAAACAAUAGAAGUUAUCAUGAUAUAUAUAUUUAUAAAUACGCGAUGAUUCUGUAUAUUUUUGUCGCCUAGUACAUUCGAUUGAUCAUGGACCCGCCCAGUGGCAGCACCAUCCCGGCCAACUUGGGCGGUCGCGUGACCCAACUGGCCAAGAUUCAAAACACCAACCACGGCGACAAACCUGUGAUGAUGCGUAUCAAACUCGAGUUCACCAUCAACGGCACCAAGAUCGAGGACAUGGCGACUGUGAAUGCGUUCCCACCGACCUUUUAACUAAUCAAACGACCUGUACUACA